AUGCUACUUACUUUGGGGUCAGUGGGAAGAAUGUCCUUUACAUCGGUGGUCAGUGGGAAGAAUGCUCCUUACAUUGGUGUCAGUGGGAAGAAUGCUCCUUACAUUGGUGGUCAUUGGGAAGAGUGUCCCUUACAUUGAUGUCAGUGGGAAGAAUGUCCCUUACAUUGGUGGUCAGAGGGAGGAUUGCUGCUUACAUUGGUGGUCAGUGGGUAGAAUGUUCCUUAAAUUUGGGUCAGUGGGAAGAAUGCUCCUUACAUUGAUGGUCAGUGGGUAGAAUGCUCCUUACAUUGGUGUCAGUGGGAAGAAUGUCCCUUACAUUAGUGUCAGUGGAAAGAAUGCUCCUUACAUUGAUGUCAGUGGGAAGAAUAUCCCUUACAUUAGUGGUUAGUGGAAAGAAUGCUCCUUACAUUGAUGGUCAGUGGGAAGAAGAAUGCUCCUUACAUUGGUGUCAGUGGGAAGAAUGUCCCUUACAUUG